ACGGAAAUUACGAUUUUACAGACCGGGAUAACGCUACAUUCCUCACACGGCAUCAGCUCUGUUGUGAUUCUGACGUAGAUACUCGUCUCGAGACUCGGGGCUGUGCUUCGGCCGUGAGAAAAAAAACUAAAAUGGCGUCUUGUUAAGGAAGAUAGGAUGAUCCUAAGGCAGAGAUGGUGUUGAUCAUAAAUUGGAUUAAUAGUGUCAUCCUUUUUAGUUUAAGAUUUUUUUUCUGAAGUGAAACACGCGCAUACGGUCCGUCCCUUUUGCCUAUGUUUCUAAUGGGACGGUGCUAUAUGGUGGAAUAAGCUGUAAAACGGCCAACUUUAGUUGCUAGCAGUAGCUAGCCAACUGGACCGACCACAGCUGUCCAACGUGAGCUAACCACCAGAGAAAUCACAACAGAGGAAGGGCAGUCGCUACCAACCCUCAUCAUUUCCCGGGACAUCGAGGUGUCUACGGGGUGAUGGAAGGGGAAGACUUUGUGCCUCCUCCGGAGUGCCCAGUGUUUGAGCCAUCAUGGGAAGAGUUUCAGGACCCUCUUGGUUACAUUGCCAAGAUCCGUCCAAUUGCAGAAAAGUCGGGAAUUUGCAAGAUCCGGCCCCCAGCGGACUGGCAACCGCCCUUCUCAGUGGAGCUGGAUACUUUCCGCUUCACUCCCCGUAUCCAGAGGCUUAAUGAGCUUGAGGCGGAAACCCGGGUGAAGUUAAACUACUUGGACCGCAUUGCCAAGUUUUGGGAAAUCCAGGGAUCCUCCUUGAAAAUCCCAAACAUCGAAAGGCGCAUCCUUGACCUUUUCAGCUUGUCAAAGAUCGUAACAGACGAAGGGGGCUUUGACCUGGUGUGUAAGGAGCGCCGCUGGGCCCGUGUGGCCCAGAGGCUGGGCUACCCUCCCGGGAAGAACAUAGGCUCCCUCUUACGCUCGCACUAUGAGAGGAUCGUCUACCCCUUUGAAAUGUUCCACUCCGGUGCCAGUCUGACGAACUGCAAGCCAAAGCAUUAUGACGGCGAGGAGGUGGACAGAGAGUACAAGCCACACUCCAUCCCCCUGCGCCAGUCUGUCCAGCCCUCCAAGAUGAACAGCUACGGACGAAGGGCUAACCGCUGCCAGCCAGAUGGUCCAGAGGAUCUGGCCCCCCAUCCUCUCUCCGCUGGCCCUCCACUCAGCUCUGCGCCUGAACCCACAGAGGAGGACAUAGAGAAGAACCCAGAGCUGAAGAAGCUGCAGAUCUAUGGGGCAGGGCCUAAGAUGAUGGGCCUGGGUCUGAUGGCCAGAGACAAGAGCAUCCGGAAGAAAGAAGAGCUGCCACAGACGGUCACGGUCAAGGACAAGGUGUCCACAGCAGCAGCUCCCGCGGACCCAGCGGCCACCACUCUGAAGAAGGAGGCGGGCGAGAACCUGUCCAGCCCCUCGCUGCCCCCUGCUGGUGUCAAGCUUGAGGUGAAGAAGGAGGAGUCGAAUGUCAAGGACGUUAAAGAAGAUGAGAAUGACGAAGAGGACGACGACGACGACGGGGGGCCAAAAGAAGGCCCCUGUACCAAGAUGACCAUGAGGCUAAGGCGCAACAUCAACAACCCACAGUUUGUGGACUCCUUUGUGUGUCGGAUGUGUGGCCGCGGGGAUGACGACGAGAAGCUCUUGCUGUGCGACGGCUGUGAGGACAACUACCACACCUUCUGUCUGCUGCCCCCACUCACAGAACCCCCCAAAGGCAACUGGCGAUGUCCCAAAUGUGUUGCAGAGGAGUGCAAGAGGCCGAAUGAAGCCUUUGGCUUUGAACAGGCCACACGAGAAUACAGCCUGCAGAGUUUUGGGGAGAUGGCAGAUGCCUUCAAAGCGGAUUACUUCAACAUGCCUGUGCAUAUGGUUCCCACUGAGCUGGUGGAGAGAGAGUUCUGGAGGCUGGUGAGCAGUAUCGAGGAGGAUGUGACUGUGGAGUACGGCGCAGACAUUCACUCCAAGGAGUUUGGCAGUGGCUUCCCCAUGAACACCGGGCUGCGCCUCCUCUCCAGCGAGGAAGAGGAGUAUUCCCGUUCUGGCUGGAACCUGAACGUGAUGCCUGUGCUGGAGCAGUCGGUGCUGUGCCAUAUCAACGCCGACAUCUCCGGGAUGAAGGUGCCCUGGCUCUACGUGGGCAUGGUGUUCUCUGCUUUCUGCUGGCACAUCGAGGACCACUGGAGCUACUCCAUCAACUACCUGCACUGGGGGGAACCCAAGACCUGGUACGGCGUGCCCUCUGUGGCGGCGGAGCGGCUCGAGGAGGUGAUGAAGAAGCUGACGCCGGAGCUGUUCGACUCCCAGCCUGACCUGCUGCACCAGCUGGUCACCAUCAUGAACCCCAACAUCCUCAUGGCCCACGGGGUCCCGGUGGUGCGCACCAACCAGUGUGCCGGGGAGUUUGUCAUCACUUUCCCCAGAGCCUACCACAGUGGCUUCAACCAAGGAUACAACUUUGCUGAAGCUGUCAAUUUCUGCACUGCAGACUGGCUGCCAGCCGGGCGCUCCUGCAUCGAGCACUACCGACGCCUACGGAGGUACUGCGUGUUCUCCCACGAGGAGCUCACCUGUAAAAUGGCAGCCUGCCCAGAGAGGCUAGACCUCAACCUGGCAGCUGCCACCCACCGGGAGAUGUUCAUCAUCGUCCAGGAGGAAAGAAAGCUCCGCAAGGGGCUGAUGGAAAGGGGCAUCACCGAGGCGGAGAGAGAGGCGUUUGAACUGCUCCCUGACGACGAGAGACAGUGUGACAUGUGCAAGACGACUUGCUUCCUCUCUGCCCUGGCCUGCUCCAACUGUCCAGAACGUGUGGUCUGUCUCUAUCACACUCAGGACCUAUGUAACUGCCCUACAGACAAGCUCUACCUCAGGUACAGAUACACGCUGGAUGAGUUGCUGGCCAUGUUGCACCGUCUUAAGGUCCGCUCUGAGUCAUUUGAUUCCUGGGCAAACCGAGUAAAGGAGGCACUUGAACAUGAAGAGGGAAACAAGAUAGCGAUUGCCGACUUGGAGCUGCUGAAGACCGAGGCAUCAGAGAAAAAGUUUCCAGACAACGAGCUCCUCUACAAACUAAACACUGUUCUCAAAGACGUCCAGCAAUGCCAGCUGAGCAGCACUGAGCUCCUUAGCUACUCCAAGACCAGUGGAGCUAAGAUUACACUGGCAGUGCUGAAGUCUUUGGUGGAGACCAUGCAGAACCUGCCCUGUGUGUUGACCCAGAUGGAAGAGGUGCAGGCCAUCCUGCAGAGCGUCAAGGAGUUCCAGGGCCAGGCCAAGGCUCUGAUCAGCGACCGGGACUGGAGGAGGGACUCCCCGGCCCCGGACCAGCUGCAGGCCCUGUUGGACCGGGGGGCCGGCCUGCCCGUGCUGGUCCCCGAGUGUGACCUGCUCAAGGGGCAGCAGGCGCAGGGCAGCUGGCUGAGCGAGGUGCGGCGGACCCUGGGCGCUGAGGCAGGGGACCGGGGAGAGGUCACCUUGGCCAUGCUCCGCAGCCUGAUGGAGGCCGGCUGCGGCGUGUCCCAGAGCGUCUCGGUGGAGACGGCCAUGGCGGAGCUGCAGGAGCUGCUCACCAUCGCAGAGCGCUGGGAGGAGAAGGCCCAGAUCUGCCUGGAGCAGCGGCAAAAGCACCCUCUGUCCACCUUGGAGGCUAUAGUGAACGAGGCUCAGCUCAUCCCGGUCAAGCUGCCCAACAUACUCUCUCUACAGGGCUGCCUGAGCAGGGCCCGCGCCUGGGUGACCGACCUAGAGGAGAUCCAGAACGGGGAGCACUACCCGUGUCUGGACGACCUGGAGGGCCUGGUGGCCAUCGGCAGGGACCUGCCCGUGUGCAUGGAGGAGCUGCGGCAGCUGGAGGUGCAGGUGGCCAGCGCCCACUCCUGGAAGGACAAGGCCACCAAGACCUUCCUGAAGAAGAGCAGCCAGCACAGCCUGCUGGAGGUUCUGUGUCCGUGUGCGAAGAGGAGGGAGAAGGUGGAGGAGACGGCGCCGCUGGACGACCCGUCGGACGCCUCGGACUCCAACACGCUGGGCCUCUCUGCCCAGGACCUCAGGGACCCCGGGGCCAUCGUGAUGGCCUUCAAGGAGGGGGAGCACCAGGAGAAGGAGGCCCUCCUCCGGCUGCAGAGGGCCAACAUGUCUAAAGACGGGCUGGACGCCACGGCCCAGCGGGAGGACAAGGAGAACGGGCGCUCGGAGGACGGCAUGGAGCUGGACGCGCCCUGCCAGCCCCAGAACUCUGUCAAAGAGAACGGGGGCCCCCACGGCCCCCCGGCGGUGUGUGCGUGCGGGGGGCCGCCGCGGGCCCCCCAGCUCCGCUGCCAGCUGUGUAAAGACUGGUUCCACGGCGGCUGCGUCCCCUUCCCCUCCGUCGUGCCCCCCUCCUCGUCCACACACGCGUCGAACCCGCUCUGCUGGUGGGACUGGGACUCGCGCUUUUUGUGCCCGCGGUGCCAGCGCUCGCGGCGCCCCCGCCUGGAGACCAUCCUGGCCCUGCUGAUGGCGCUGCAGAAGCUGCCGGUGCGGCUCCCCGAGGGGGAGGCGCUGCAGUGCCUCACCGAGAGGGCCAUCAACUGGCAGGGCCGGGCCAAGGAGGCGCUGGAGACGCCCGAGGUCCAGCGGGCCCUCAAGAAGCUCCAGGAACUCAAAGAGAGUCUGCACUGCAACGAGGAGACGACGAAGGAGGCGGAGGAGGAGGAGGCCAAGACGGAGCCCAAAGGGAACGCUGUGAUCGUGCUGUCCGAUUCGGAGGGGGGGGAGGACGGGGUCAUCGACCUCACGGACUCUCCCAAGAAGAAAACGGAGGUGAACGGCGCCAAGGCCGAAUGUGCAAAUGGACUCGGCAAGAAGUCCAGUCUUACAGGUGUGGCCUCUCUGCUGCCCCUGCUCCCCUCCCUGCCAGGCCAGGUGGUGAGCCUCUCCCCGGCCACCAGGGCCCGGCUGGAGGAGCUGGAGCUGGAGGGAGACCUGCUGGAGGUCUCCCUGGACCAGAGCCACAACAUCCACCGAGUCCUGCAUGCCCACGGUGCUCCCCCCAGGGAGAAGCUGCACACACUCAUCCAGAUUGAGCUUCAGGAGCAGAGAGGAGCGGGCCGGGGGCGGGCCAAGGACUCGAGGAGGAAGAGGAAGGGCCACCGGAGUGGCUCCGGGCCAGACGAAGGCCCCAAGUCCCUGGACGCCUCCGAGUCCAAGAAGACCCGCCCCCUCGGCCACAGCCCCUCCCCCCGCUUACCCAUUCAGCCCCGUACAGAGGUUUUGUGAUGCAGUCAACGGUGGAACCCCAGAAAGGACCAGAACCCAGUUAAAGAGGAAUAGAAUGAAGCAUCUUUCUCCGUCAGAAG